AUGGCGAGAUCUACCAAAUACUACAACGCGGACGACUUUGACGACUACAAGAGGAAACGUGGAAAAUGCCUUCCAGCGAGAACAAAUCUUUUAGCAGCUGCGUGUCACGUUCAGACACUCUUCGACACUAAGAAGUUUACUUUCGGUUUCAUGGGCGGAUUUGCAAUGCUAUGUCACGGUUACAAGCGCGAAAUGCCUGAUCUGCACAUUGCGUACGACGACAAUGACUUUGAUCGACUCAGAUCCAAGCUGGAGUCCGACCAACGGGUUCGGUUACCUACAGGUGUGAAUCCGCUCCUCCCUUUCAAGAUACUCGUAUGGACUGGCCCAGAGUAUAAGGAUCAAGGAUGCACAGUAAAUGCAUGCAUCGAGCUAGAUCUAGCUCCCUCAGGUUCUUGUGGUACUCCAACGGCCGGGGCUCUUAGCAGGAAUCUUAUUCAGCUAAGCUUGAAGACAUCUAAUGGCCAGCACAGGCCGUUCAAAUGUCUUAAUACACUGUUUUUAGUAGCCACGAUGUUGUACUACUGCAAGGCUCGUGACCUUCUAUGGGAUCCUAGGAAAGAUCUGCUGUAUCUUUGCAAGAACGAAAGCGCGAACAUGCAGCAGGUACGCGCAGGGCUGAACGCUAGAGAGAUACGAGAACUGUUUCUAGGUACCUCCUUCUUUUCACGAUUACCCAUGGACGAUCAGCGCCUGUGCUAUCGAAUACUGCUUGACACAGAUCCGCCGCCCAUCAUGGCGAUCACGCCACCAGCUCCGCAAACACCACUGCCGGAGCACAAAAGUGAGGCUAGAAUUUUGCGUUCACGAUACCGGAACGUCAGCGAACCAAGGAGCAGUAGCAGUGGCACAUCACACCAAAGACCCGCGACCAACCAAAGACCACAAUCGACAGGUCACCUCCAAGAUCCGAGACGAUUGUCGCACAUUGUAGGCUUACAGAUUGUAAACGCGGCGAAACCACAAUCAUUCUCGGCGGUGGCGGCUGCCAAACAAGCACGCAGAUCUAUGCCAGAUUUGACCGCAAUACACAAUGCAACACCCGCGUUGCGUGUUAACGUCCAAGACAUCACGGCUGUUGCAUCUCCCCGACAGUAUCAUGCAAUGUCUCAUCUCAACAAUGUGCCGAGCUUAUCGACUUCUGCCAGCCAAUACCAGAACCACGCAAGCUCACAGCUCGAGUACGGAGGCAGCUUCCAGCCUACGCACAUGAGGACAAAGAGUGAUACCAAAAAUCAGAAUCGAAAUCCAUCAACGGGCAAGAGCAGUACUACAAGUAGCGUAGAAUCUGACAGGAUGAAUUCGCCGGGUACACCAACUCAGGGGAUACAGUCCCAGAAGGGGAGUCUCCACGUGGUCGGUACUAAGGGAGAAGACAUCCCUCUCCAGCAGUACUUUCAAGAUCAAAGCGUACAUCCACGCGAAGGACUUCACUUAGUCGGUCUUGAAGAGAUGCAUACUGCCUCUAAAAUACACCACAGGAGCGCGCAGCCGCAAGCUCAGCACCAAAGACACCUGUCUGCGCCACCACCAACCACUCCGAACUCUGUCUUUGAGCUUGAUAUUACGGUGCCGACCAAGCAUACUUUUGUUGCCGAGCUAUCAGCCAAACCGAUUGUGUCACUAUGCACAGAGCAUAUGGUCGCUCAAGACCACGGACCCUUCGACAUCCCCGCUUGCUCCAGACCGGGGUGUCCGCGUGCAGUAUCUGUUCCCCUUGAUUCUGGGUCACUACCGGCAAGCUUAGUCGCUGGAGGGACGAGCUUUCAUGGCUACCGCCAGUCUCUGAGUCACUCCGUUCGCAUGGACGAGUCAACACUCGGCUUUCCUAGGCAAACAAACGCCUACAGAUACUCAGCCUUCGUAUUUCCACAGUCUGAAACUGACAAAGACUUGCUCUCUUCCUCAGGUGAAGGCACGCCAUCAAUAUAUAAAGCGUACCGCCCGUCUGCAGUACCAGAUGAGGACCGUGGCACUGGAUCUCUGAAACCUGUAGAUGGUCCAACACACAAGCGUAGUGUGUCAGAUGAUUCGACCGCUUCGCACGACUCGAGUAGGUGGGCACAAGAGUAUCGAGACUUGCUAAACUUUGAGGAUGGGUACGGGAGCCAGUGA